CCACGCUUUUCUGUCGGCUUUUCUUACUGGGGAAAUGGCGAAGAGCUGCUGUUUUUCUGCUAAUGAUUAAUUCUCCAAGAUGUCCACCGCUAGAUUGAACAUUACAGCGAAGGCACCCUAAAUAGAGCCCAUCCACCCUGCGGACGGAGCUGAUAGUACAGCAGCACGUAUGAACGUGGACACUGCUGCCACAUCAAGCCCCGAAUUGUCCUCAACACCUACCCCAACGCUCCAUAGCCUUCUCUACAACCGACACGAGAACAGGUGUCUGGGAUCCAGGCCCUCUCUAAGAAUGACCUGGCCUGAUAGCAGGGUACUAGGGUGUGUACAAUGGAUGGUUUGUAGUGCUCUAAGCUAGCUUAGUAGCUACGGUAUAUAGGUUAUGGCUGUAUGUGUGUAUAAUAUAGAGAGAAGGAAUGAGAUAUUGACCGACUGUGUUUAACUAUAAAAAUCAGCCUUACUGUUGACAGUAAUGUACGUUACUGCUACAUGGUGUUGGAAGAGGGAGAGAAGAAAAAGAAAGCAGUGAAAAAAGAGCCACCACAUGUCCAAUACAGUAUGCGUGUGUUGUGUCCAAUGUAGGGGAGAGAUGGUUCAGGGAUGGAGUGAGGCCACUCUGACGGGGGCUCCAGCUCAAUCAGGUCGCUACUCUGCCUGGUCCAACGAGGAAGGGGAGUAUGACAGGGCGGCCACGGAGAUGGUGAAUCGGAUGUUCCGCUGUCUCAACAGAGCCCUGUUUGAAGGACGAGAGUCUGGCUUUAGUCAGACUGACGGAGAAUGCCGCGAGUGGUCUUCCACAUUUCCCCACCUCCAAGUGCAGGGUGAACAUCUGUUUGACACCAUGGACGAUGGUACGGAGAUUGCUGCCCCGAUCUAUAGGGAGGACUCCUCUAAUACUGUCACUGACGAGAGAUCACAUGACGCAGUCGAGGACUCUGAUGAUCUCGUUGUAAUUGGAAGACACUUGGAACCAAUCACUCUAUCUGAUGCUCCAGAAGAGGAAUCCCUGAAAGAAGAAGUUCUGGCACAACAUGGGGUACUGGAAGAAUACAUUGCCUUCGAUGGAAGCAGUGCUAAUCACGGGGGUCGGGGAAGAAAGAGGGGUAAAUUCAGCAGCCCCCCUUCGGCCCCCCACAAUCCGGACCCCCCAGUGUCUAGUAUACAUCAGGUGGUCUCUAGUCAAGUGUUUGAUGUUCUGUGGAGUGAGGUGGUCACCGUUCUAUUACCUCUUCUUAUUGCCACCAGGGACCGGGCUCUGAAAGUUCAGAGCAGUAGACAGUCGCUGCAGACGUCUCUGGCUACUUCUCACAGCACCUCACCUCACGAAUCCUCCCUCCUCCUCUCUCGUCCUCCUCUACUGCCCACUACCGGUCGUGCUACCGCCCUCCACCACACACAGUACUACCAGGACAAGCCAGCCACCAGUAGUUAUCUGAUGACUCCACCAGCCGCCGUACUGCCGCGACUAGUCACACGUCCUCCUCCUCUCUCUGGUCUCAUGCACAUACGACCCGUCUCCCUCAGGCACAGGAAUAUGUCUCUGCUACAUCAGAGUGACAGAGUGGAGGAGAUUCUCAGUCGUCUCUCCAUCCACCAUCACAAUAAUCACACCACCACUACCACCACCGCUAUAAACCAUCUUCAGCCGUCUGACCCUGGUCUACACAACUACUACCCUAGACUACCAUCUCUGCCGUACUCUCCUCCGGUAGCUGGAGUGGGGAGCAGUGGCUACAGAGGGCUCUACUCUGGUCGUGUGGGACCACUGAAUGCCUCCAGAAGACCUCAGCAAUUGAGGCCCAUCGAACACCCAAGAACACCUGCACUGGAGAGGAUUGAGUCAGCUCAGAUUCGAGGGUACCGACUGCCUGUGAAUGCUGCUAGUGGUGCUGGGGUUGUGGGACUGUCCCCGCCCCCUACUGCCGGAGGGGGUGUGGCUUCAGGUGGUCUCAUGGGUGUGGUGGGCGGCAGUCAUGUGGUGAGGAACAACCAACUUCCUCCACUUGAGAUUGGGGGUGGGACUACUGGCAUUCCUAUACCUACAGAGCAUUCCCAGCCAGCGGUGCGAGGGAAGUCCACGUUCUCCCAGCGCAACUCUAGUGCUGCAUUUUCAGAGCUGCAGGAGCUCCGGAGACUCCAGCUGCCCAGUGGCGGAGUUCGAUCCUCAGACAUCCUCCUCAGACCUUCCACCACCUCCAACAACUUCAGAGCUGAUUCGGGGAAGCCCCUCGGCACGAAAAAGCUCUCAGAUCCAGUCUCACAUGGUGGAGGAGGAGGAGGAGGAGAGAUGAAGAUAGUUGGUCACGCCACUGGAGUCGGCCAUUCAACCUCUUCCAUGGCUGGAGCCCCAGGUAUGGAAGGGGUAGGGAGUGGGAAGAUGAUACCAUACAGUAUAGCAGAGGGCGAUGAGGAGGAAGAGUGGACUGAAGAGGAUAAUGGGAAGACUCAACAUCACCGGCCACUCUUCCGCCAUUUUGAAAUCAAAGUAUAAAGGUCAAACUGACGGCAAGAGCAAGCACAGAGGUCACGGCAGAUGACAAGAAACACUUUUGGAUUGAUGAUCACUUUCUCUUGCCUAUAUCCUUUCCCUCUCAUCCCUCCUCUCAGUAUAAUAGUCCAUCACAUCAAGGAUGCGUCUGUGCAAAACCCUUGGCAUAGGAAUCUGCUUUCCUACUAUGGAGGGAACAUACUAUGUGCACACCAUGCAUUUUGGCAUCAGGGGUGAAGGCAGCUUCUUUAGGGUGCAUUCAUCAGAAGUGACUUGGGAAGUUAGGAAGGGAGGCGUGCGCUAACCAAUUAAUCAUUGAAACAGACAACUAGAAACACAAAACGAACUACAGUUUUGGUCUGGUCCAUCCUCACUGCUUUUUCUUGCUUUCGUUGCUAACUGUCUCAUCACCACUGCUGCCCUCUUCCCCACUUUCACCUUCCUCUCCCUCCUCCCCCUCCUC